AUGGAUAAGCAACAGAGAACUGCUCUACAGAAAAAUCACAUGAUGAUAGUUGAGGACCUUCUAGUGACGGACGACUUUCUAGGGCAGUGUUUUCAGGAGGAUCUGUUUGACUUACAUCUCAUUGAAAUCAUAAAGACUGAACGUACAAAUCAACAAAAAGUCCACAAGCUACUUGAGCUGCUACCACAUCGAGGUCCCGAGGCUUUCGAUAAGUUUGUCAGCAUCAUAGAGCUGAGAUACCCCUGGCUGUCCAUGUCACUGGAGAAUGGACUGAGUCAGGAGAGACAGAAACACCAAGAGAACCGCUGGUCCAGCAGAAUCGACCAGCUCCCCAGGCUGGGACUAGAGAGACUGGGAUCUCCAUCAAGGUAUCAAUCCUACAAAAUCUCCAGCCAAAGAGAACUGUGUUCUGCUGCUGAUGUUUCUGAACGAAUUGAAAACUUUACACAGAGGAGCUUUGGACUACACAGAAAGCUGUCUCAAUCUGAUAAAAGGGCUGUUGAACAAUUCCUAUUGGAACAAAUCAAGCUUGAGGUGAAAAAACAAAAUGAGGUUCAUUCUAAAUCUAAUGACAAAAUUCCUCCACCUAUAAAACAAUGGUUACUUAACACCCACAUCAAAUUCAAAGUUCACAUAGACUGUCUUCCAGAAGAGUCAAUCUCCAAGGAGGAACUUCACACUUCGUACUCAAUUACUUUUGAAAUUGUUGAAAAACAGAUAGAGACUUUGCUGAAUCGCAUCCAACAUCUAGAAGAACAGAUGACCAAUCUUUAUGAUGUUCUCGGGGAGACUUCUCGGAAAAAGAGCCCCGCUUUACUUGUUGAAAAUAUUUUGCAUAAAUGUCAGGAUAUUGAGGUCAAACUUGAGAGGAAACAAAAAGAAAUUGAUGACAUGAGCAAUGAAAAUUAUGAGUUGACAAUGGCUAAGAAAAAGUUAGCCCAUGAACUGCAACUUAAAGAUGUUCAGUUAGAAGUGAAAUCCAACCAGAUAAGCAAACUUCAGCAAGAAAAUAAGUCCUUAAAAAUGGAGAUAGAAAAACUCAAAAAAGUUAGUACCACACAAUCUGAGAAGGAGAAGACACUCACUGAGUUACAACAUAUCGUCAAUGACUUGAGACAAUCUCGAGAUCAGGUACGAGAUGAAAAUACAGAGCUCAAAUACAGACUUGAACAACAACGUGCUCGCUUUCUAUCUCCAAGGAGACAGACAUCUUAUUCCAAAAACUCUAACAGCAAAUCUCUAAGAGCAAAAGCUGCAAACAAAAAGAGACUCAACAACAGAUGA